GGCUAUUACAGUGAUAAUAUGCUUGGAAUUUUUGACAAGGCUAUUGUACUUCACCCCAACUGCCAUACUUGCUUCAAUUAUUCUUUCUGCUCUACCAGGACUUAUUGACCUCAAUGAAAUCUACAAUAUCUGGAAGCUCGACAAGCUAGAUUUUCUUGCUUGCAUUGGGGCCUUGUUCGGAGUGUUAUUCUGUUCGGUGGAGAUAGGCCUACUCGCUGCGGUAACUGUGUCGUUUUUGAAGAUAAUCAUAAUAUCAAUUAAACCAGGCACAGAAGUUCUUGGAAGAAUACCUGGAACUGAUAUGUUUUGUGAUGUUCUGCAAUAUCCUAUGGCUCUUGAGACUCCUUCUGUGCUUGUAAUCCGUGUCAAGUCUGGCUUCCUUUGUUUUGCAAAUGCCAACUUCGUCAAGCACAAUAUUAUAAAAUGGGCAACAGAAAAGGAAGAGGAAGAGAAAAUCAAAGGAAAUUUGAAAAGCAGUGUCCAACUUGUGAUUCUUGACUUGUCCAAUUUAACAAGCAUUGAUACAGCAGGAAUUGCUUGUUUGGAAGAACUGCGUAAGAAUCUUGUUUUAAAUGGAAUAGAGAUGACCAUCACUAACCCAAGGUGGCAAGUGAUUCACAAGCUAAAAUUAGCCAACUUUGUGAACAAAAUUGGGGAAAGGAUUUCCUUGACUAUUGAUGAAGCAAUUGAUGCAUGUUUCAGUUCUAAAAUGGUUGCCUUUUAAAUGAAAAGAAAAUUAUGUCUAUUAGUAUGCUUUCUUUCCUUUUCUUUUUUUGUGUCGUGUAUGGUCUUGUCUGUUUGUAUGAUUGUGUAAUAGAUAUGGGAAAUGUAAUAAAAAUGUGCUUUUCAUCUCCUCUAGUUAGGACACUAUAGUUGAAGUCCGAGAGGGAAAAAGCACAGAUGUUUAUGUAUUUAGGUGUUAACAAUUGAAAAUUUUUAUCUCACUUAUUGCUUAGAA